UGGGGACUCACUGAAGCCGGACGCCAUGACGGCCUCCCUGGAUGAGCUGAAGCAGGCGCUGAUUGAGACCUUGGAGACCCGCGGGGUUCUGGGUCAGGUGAAGGCCAAGGUCCGCGCGGAGAUCUUCGCGGCGCUGGACGACGAGCAGGUGCAGAGGCCCCAGCUGCCACGUGAGAAUGCCCUGAUCAACGAGUUGAUCCGGGAGUAUUUGGAAUACAAUGGGUACUACCAUUCCCUGUCAGUCCUUCUGCCGGAAACUGGCCAUCCGGAGGAGCCCCAGUUCGACCGCCGCUUCCUCGCGAGCGAGCUGCGGGUGCGCGAAGACGAGCGCAGCAGGUCCCUGCCGCUGCUCUACGCGUUGGUCCGUGGUUCCGUACGUGCAGAGGAGGCCCGGCCGAGUCCAGGUGCUGGGCGAGCGCGCGAGGAGUCGGCCGAGGCGCCGAGCUCUGACGCGGAUGGCGAUUUGCGGCCCAUGGUCAUCCGGGGGAGUGACUGAAUGGAGCAAGCGCGAGCUUGCCGAAGUGCCGCACAACAGUUGCGGCAAGUGUGGGGUUUGCACGCGCUUAGCGCCGGAAUCGCCUGGAAGAAAAGAAGAAGUCAUAUUCUGGUCAGACAGUGUCAACAGCCUUUGUUUGUAUGCCAACCGCACGCGAUUCGGGGGGUGCGGUGUGUUCGGGGAUUUGGGUCGCAAGACAAGGG